AUGGUUCUUGUGUCUGCCUCCCUCUUUGCGGCCCUCGUCACACUAGCAGCUGCUACCCCAGCAGAACUGUCUGCCUAUGUUAUCCACGAACAACGUGACACACCUGCUCGAGGCUUUGUCAAAGUUGGCCCUGCCCCGCCGUCCAAGCAGCUCACUCUCCGCAUCGCGCUAAAGCCCAACAACAUUGCCGGUCUUGAGGAGGAACUAUAUGCCGUUUCCGAUCCCAAAAGCGCGCGUUAUGGCAAACAUUUGACAUUGGACGAGGUCGUCAAAUACGUAAAGCCUACCACGGAGGCACUUUCUGCUGUGAACUCAUGGCUGGAUGCGAACAAGAUCACCGCAAAGACUAUCUCCCCCGCAGGCGACACCCUCCAAUUUACCGUCCCCGUUUCGCAGGCCAGCUCCAUUCUGAACGCGGAAUUCGCAAGCUUCACGCAUUCCGGCCGCAAUGAAACCACCAUCCGAACGCUUCAGUAUUCGCUCCCCGCCGACUUGUCCGGGCAUGUCGCCUAUGUCCACCCCACGACAAGCUUCACUAAUCCGUUCGCCACACCCAGGAUCGAGCCUUACGAUGUCAAGCGCAAACGGGAGAUGGACCCUAAUUGCGCUGACCUCACAACUCUUUCGUGUUUGCUGGAAGUGAUGGGCCUCCCGAAAGGGCCUGCGACGCAGAAGAAGAACGUGCUAGGAAUAUCAGGCUUCUUGAACGAAUUUGCCAACUUCAACGAUCUGAAGGAUUUCCUCGCCAGAUACCGUCCUGAGAUGCCGUCGUCGACCAAGUUCGAUGUGCAGUUGAUUGAUGGAGGGUCCAACACCCAGCUUCGUGCUUUCGCUGGUGUUGAAGCAAGUCUCGAUAUCCAGUACUCUGUGGGUGUUGCCAACGGAAUUCCCAUCCGCUUCAUUUCGGUCGGUCCACUAAACAACGAUGAACUGGGUGGAUUUUUGGAUCAAGUUAAUACCCUGAUUGCGGACGACUCCCGUCCUACCGUGCUCUCGACAUCUUAUGGUUUCGAUGAGCAAGAUCUGACCUUCCCUGUUGCUGACGGACUUUGUAACGCCUACCUGCAACUAGGGGCUCUGGGAACUUCUAUCUUGACCUCUUCUGGUGAUGGCGGUGUUGGUGGCCACGCCCGGUUCUGCGAUACCUUCGUGCCGACCGCUCCUUCAACAUGCCCAUGGGUUACAUCAGUCGGCUCGUCGCAGACUAUCCUCGAAAACUUCACCAAGAACAACUUUUCUCAAAUCGCGGCAUCCUUCUCCACUGGUGGUUUCUCCAACUACUUCAAGCCGCCCACAUACCAGAAGGCAGACGUUGGCACAUAUGUUGCGACCAUCAACGGUUAUGAGGGACUUUACAACAAGAAUGGGCGAGGUAUUCCGGAUGUCUCUGCUCAGGGUGUCAACUUCCCAACUCUCGUCGGCGACAGAUGGACCCUUGCCAGCGGCACAUCAGCUUCGACCCCAGUCUUUGCCUCCGUUAUCGCGUUCUUGAACGAUGAGCUGAUGGCGGCUGGCCGACCUCCGCUUGGCUUCCUCAACCCACUCCUCUACAGUCCGGCUGGGCGCGCAGCACUCGACGACGUUUCGGUGGGCAAAAACCCUGGAUGCGGAACAAGCGGCUUCAACGCGACCACUGGCUGGGACCCCGUCACUGGCCUCGGCGCACCAAAUUACGCCAGACUCAGAAAGGCAGUUGGACUUGCGUAG